CAACAGACGUGGUAGAGGAGGUACAAGCGGUGUUCGGGGAAGCGGCUCGUCUCCCUUGCAACAUGACAGUCAGCUCGGGCGACACAGUCUACCUCGUUUUGUGGUUCAAGGAGGAACUCGCCACACCCAUUUACAGUUACGAUGUGCGGGAACUUUUAAGAGGACAGCCGAAGCACUGGUGGGACGCCGAUCUUCUCGGGUCCAGAGCCUUCUUCAACGCAGGCUCCUCUCCUCAUCUCCUGCUGCAAGGGCUGACGGAAGCGGACGCGGGCCUCUAUAAAUGUCGAGUGGACUUCCAGAGGGAGCCCACGAGAAACACCCGCAUUAAUCUCACUGUGGUUGUGCCUCCGCGUAGGUUGGUGCUGAUCGAGGAGAGUGGCGCAGAGGUCCGCACCUACGUGGGACCUAUCAAUGAGGCAGACGACCUCCACCUGUCCUGUGUUGCUCAUGGGGGUCGUCCUGCGCCGUCUGUUGUGUGGCUCAUGGAUAACAAGGUGAUAGAUGACGUCGUGGAGAGUCGUGAAGGUGACUUGACACGCAACGACCUCACCAUCCGCGGGGUGACGAGGUCCAUGCUGCGAGCACAGCUCACCUGCCAGGCUGCGAACAACCAGGUGUCGCAGCCGCUCUCUCUCACCGCCACCAUAGACAUGAACCUUCGACCCUUGGACGUGACGAUACAUCACAUCCGAGAGCCGCUGUCUGCUGGCCGCACUUAUGAAGUGUUAUGUUCCUCUCGUGGGUCUCGCCCUCCCGCCGUCCUCACCUGGUGGUGGGGUUCCGCGAGAGUUUCUGCCGCAGACGAUACCACUUCGCACGGCGGGAACGUGUCCACCUCCAUGGUCCGGCUUACCCCCAACGCCUCGGACGACGGGCGCCUCCUGGCGUGCAGAGCGGAAAACCGCAACCUACCCACGGCCGUUAUCGAGGAUACGUGGAAGUUAAGCGUGUACUACACCCCGACGGCAGAGGCGAUGCUCGGCGCGUCGCUCAAUCCACAGAACAUCAGAGAGGGGGACGACGUGUACUUCGAGUGCCACGUCAAAGCCAAUCCACGGGCGUACAAAGUCGUCUGGAAACAUAAUGGUGUGAUAGUGCGGCAGGAGCGAGAGAAUGGGAUCCUGCUCACCAACAGGAGUCUGGUGGUGCAGGAGGUGACGAGAAACCACGCGGGCCGCUACACCUGCCAAGCAAGCAAUGUGGAGGGUGAUUCCAUGUCCCCGCCUGUGAUCUUGGCUGUACAGUACGCGCCUCUGUGCCGCCCUGGACAGGUGAGCGUGUACGGCGUGUCCAAGCUGGAAGACGCCCAUGUGACGUGCCAAGUGGACGCCGUGCCGCAGGUGACGCGCUUCUAUUGGACCUUCAACAACACGGUAGAGAGUCUCGAGGUGCCGCAGGAGAGAUUCACGGUGGGUCUGGGAGGUCGUAGCGUUGUCAUCUUCACACCGACUUCAGACCUGGAGUACGGCACGCUCCUCUGUGCCGCGGAGAACAUGGUUGGGAGGCAAAAGGACCCCUGCGUCUUUCACAUCAUACCUGCCACCAAGCCUGAAGCGCCAACUAACUGUUCGCUGUACAACGUGUCUGCGAGCAGCCUGACGGUGGCUUGUAUGCCGGGGUUCGAUGGCGGUCUCAACCAGACGUUCGCCAUGGAGGUAUAUGGCACCAGUCCUCACUCUCUCAAAGCCAACAUCACUAACAACCACCCUCGGUUCAUGGUCACGGGGCUGGAUAACGAGUCUGAGUUCCAACUGAUAGUGUACGCAGGGAAUUCUAAAGGACGCAGCAGCAUCACUCGCCUGGUGGCCAUCACUCACAAGCUGCCGGUGAAGCAGCUAGAGACGCGGCUUAGUAAUAGCGGCAAUGACGCCUCGGGAGUGAUCCAGGACCCUCCAGGUGAUGGCAUGAAGCCUCUAAUAGGAAUCCUGGGCGGCAUCGUGCUCAUCGUUGUGCUCAUCGCGAUCAUCAUCAUCAUCGUCAUCAAGGUGCAGUGCAGUGCUGACGCAAGGCAACGCCGAGAGCUGGGAGAAGGGAACGGUGAUGACGACAAGAGACACCGACAAGCGAAGUCUAAAAAACACCAGUCGCAUGAUUUCGAGAGGCACCAGCUCAAUGUGAGAAGCAACAAGAAUGAAGAAGAGAUUCCCAAGGAGGUAGGUGGGGGCCCCGUGGAGACUGGCAGUGAGCGGUACACGGAGCACCGGCACCUGCACCUGCACCAGCACCACGACGACCAGAGCCCGGAUGUUGUUGCCUGCAGCGGAGACUUCGAUGACGUCAGUGUAAGUAUUCGCCCUGGAGGAGCGAUGUCUCUGAUCACGGAACACCUUCCUGCCUCACAACAUAUGCAGCGCCCCUUGACGUGCCACCACGCGCCGUCAUCCUUGGCCCAGCACACUCAGCAGAGGCAAAAGCAACAUCAACCCCCAUCGCCUUCACCGCUCAGCCAGCAGCAGCAGCAACAGCAGCAGCAACAACAGCAACAACAGUCUCCUCUGCU